AUGUGUUACUACGGAAGUUACUAUGGUGGCCUGGGCUGUGGCUAUGGUGGCCUGGGCUGCGGCUAUGGCUGUGGCUAUGGUGGCCUGGGCUGCCGCUAUGGCUGUGGCUAUGGUGGCUAUGGCUCCCUCUGCUGCCGCCCCCUGUGCUGUGGGAGGUACUGGUCCUAUGGCUUCUACUGA